GUGUGAAAGUGUCUGUUGUUGGUAAAGUGUUUUUCAAGUUUGCGGCUCUGCGACAAUCUUCAUUUUUUCAAACGGGGUCUGGCCGAACACUCCGGACCGGACAGGGGGCUGGUUUGAGGCGGAGUUUGUCGUCAUGAAGUAAACGGAGUUGAAGAGGAUUUUUCCCUCUGAGAAAAUCAGAGAUUUUGAGGAUCCCCUUAAACUACAAAGGAAGAAAAGGAGGUAAGUCUUUUACUCUGCAGUAACGCUUUCAGAUUUUUCAGAGUUUCACCUGUGAAGCGCCAAAUCUCCGCACUCCGGUCCUCUGAACUUUUUGACAUUAGUGUCUGAUAAAACGCUUACAUGGCAGAAACAUGCUCAACGGAUGUUUUCAUCACGAGUUUCAGCCCAGUAUCCUGCAGCUGCGAUCUUAGCUACGGCUAAAGGGUAAAACAAACACUCAAAAGUGCGAGGCUACUUUAAUCUGCAAAAUCUUGAAGGAAAAAUUACAACAUCGUAAUCUGUGACCAAACUCUCUUCAAUCUCCCUUUUCUGUUGUUGCUGAUGAAUGUGUCACAUUUUUUAUCAUCAAACUCACUUGUGAAAUUGGCUGUUGUUGGGUGCUGCAGACUCACAUCUGCUUAUACUAAACUUUGAUGUGUAUUUCUGUGUGUCAGCUGAUUUUCUUUUACUCUUGUCAAACCUUGUUUUAUUUUGUGAAUCCUCCUGCUGCAGGGUCCUGGAUCCGAUAAUCCCCGUGCUCUGUUGUCAUUUAACUGUAAAGGUCCUCUAGACUAUUGUGCCCAUUUGAUAUAUUUACAUGCAGCAAGAUCAAAAUUAUAUUUUCUAUAAAUGUAAACAAUCUCAUGACCCUAUCUUAAAUGAGCUCCUGGAUUGGGUGAAUGCAGGGGAUUGUUUUGGAGGAUGCCCACAGCUACAGCUUCCUCCUGACACAAGGCAGAGACAUGGUUUGCUUUCUCAACACCAUGUUGCAAACCCAGAAAAAGAGAAGUCGCAUUAUCCAAUGUGUGGAGCAAUCUGCUCAUCAUGCAGAGUUCAGGGUGGAAGUAAACUGAUGAGAUUGCUGAUACUAUUCUCUGAAAUGAACUCAUCACAGAGAUGUCAUCAUUGCAUGUCUCCACUUCUCAUGAAUCCAAAUGGGAAACCCUAAAUCUGCAAAAGUUGCAGAUGCAAACUGUGCUGGUCAGGUUUGAGAAAAGCUGUCUAUGUAGUCUGUCCAGCAAAAGGUGCUCUGAGUUUGCAGGUUGCAGUCUUCUUAGCACUCUCUGCAGCUCAUACAACAAAGCAACAGGGAUUAUUGAUUAUUUCCUUCUUUUUUUCUGGAUUAAAGUCUUCUCGGUAGGUGUGCAUGCUCAAAUCUGUUAAAAAUACACACCUAAAAAAGUCCACUAUCUAAGUGAGCCUGCAUGUUACUGGGAAAACAUGCAACGAGCUAUCACACUCUGCAAUACAGUGUGAUGAACAAAAAUAGUAUGAGUCAGUAUCAGCACUGGAGCCUCUUGAUAAAUUGAAAUCUCAUGAAAAAAAUUGUUUUGUCCUUUCUAUUGUUGGGCAAAUACUUUUUUUUUUAUAAUGGCUGAUGCAUGUUGGCACAUGGAUGAUGUCUGAAAAUGCAAAUAUCAAAUAUCUUGAUGGACAAGGCAAGUUUAUGUAUAGGAGAAUUCAGAGAGCUGACAUCACAGACAUUAGAAAAACAUUACAGAAAAACAAGCUGAAAGAAAACAUUGAGAAAUCAUUGAACAUUUCACUGGAUUUAAUUUCCUCCAUGGCUAAAUAAAUGUGUUUUAUUCUGUGGCUGAUGAUAUAACUAUUUUAUUUUUUAGAGGUUUGUCCCUCUGAAAUGGGCCUGGGUAAAGACCUGUAGAAUCCCUCAUACCUUGAUUAAAACCAGCUACACCAGUGUUAUCAGUCUGCAAACAUAAAUCUUGAGUUUGUAUCAUUCAGCACAGCCAAAUACAUGACCUGAAUUGACUAAAAAGAUCCUGUAAAGGAAAGUUGUAUUUAAAAGCAGCUGAAAUAUCUUGUUACAGAUCCCUCUUAAUUGACCUGCUCGCUCCUCCUUCCCCCUGAAGCAGGAAGUGGUCCUCAACCUUCUCUAGAGCCCGCCAUUAUGGCUCGGUACCUGAGGUAUUUCACCACUGUGGGCGACGAGAAACUGGUCGAAAUUGAGGAGGAAGAGCUACAUGUGGCCAAUGAGGAUCUGAAUCCAGCUGCCGGCGCGUACCCAACAACGCUGACCUUCAGAGAAGCUCUGAAGAGAUUAUACAGCUCUGACCGUUUCCAGGUAUGCUGGUCAGUGCAUCUGAGGCUUCAUUUGUUAUACAUCAGCUCGAUUUAAUUAACAACAUUUGACUUUGCUUUUGAAAUUUAUUGUAAUUUCUUUUUUUCUUCAGUCUCUUAAUUCUCAACACAUAAGCAAAUAAAAAACCUCCUCCUUUACCGAUCGAUACAGUCAGAAGGUUUCCCACAGGAGCACUUAUAUAUUCUAAAGCUGACUUUAGAAUAUAUAAGUGAUGUGUUAUCAUCAAGUAGUUCACUUUGGUAUAGUAAACCCUGAUCUUGACUGAGUUUCCUGCCCUGAUGCUUCAGACACAUGCAGCAUUCAGAUGUAAAUUAAACUAAUGAUUAAGAUCAGUCAAAAUACUCAAUAAAAAUAUAAAUUCAGGGCUGUAUUCACACAAGCAUGAAAACUAGAGGCUGCCUGCAGAAAAUAAACACAUUUUCAGUCAUGUUCAAAAAGCACUUUUAGUCUGAAUAAGUUAUGUAUCCAUCAGCUCACUCUGUACAGGGAGUGAAUCUUUUCGUAACAUGCUUGUUUUGAGGAUAUUAAGGUCAAGAGAACAGCUACCAAACACAACUGACUUGACUGACAGGUGGGCACACUGUUUCUACCUGCAAGGAGGCUAAAGGUCUCUAAUCAAAAGUUUGGUUGAGCCAGCAUUUCUAAUGCAGCGACUGCAGCUGAUAUGUUUCAAAACUCUCUUUCACAAACUAAUGAGUAAUGCAGCAACGCUACAUUCAGGUUUUAUAUAGUCAGUGAGAGAUACCCCCCUUGUUUUUACACAGUGCUUUUAUUUUGAAAUUGCAUCCAGGACAGACUUAAUUUUGGUACAGAAACUUUAUUUUUUUGGAUUUCCACCAGUUCUUUAAGGCUUAUUCAUUUUUUUAAGGUUGAUUCUGUCACAUUUUCUUCAAAUGCCUGGCACCAACAGUCUUUGGUACCUAAAGCUGUGAUCUACAGAAAAAAGAGUUAUGAGUUUUCUCCAGACCCAACAUUAUUAUUAGGGAUACACGAUUCAAAAUUUUUCCUGAUAUUUUUAAACUCAUUUUGGCUGAUAUGAUAUGAGUACCUUUUAUUUUUUGUUGUUGUAAAGAACACAACAUUUCUUCUUCUUCUAAUUGUUUGCUUUUGCUUCCAGGUGGCGGUGGUGUGUUUGGUUGUUCUGGACGCCAUCUUUGUUUUGGCAGAGCUGCUUAUAGAUCUGUCGGUGAUCAAGUUGGAGCACGGUCACAUUGCUCCAGAGGUGAGCCUCAGAUUUGUUAUAAACCACUUAUUCCAAGAAAACUCAUUGAGAUGUUAACACAAUGCACUGAUACAGUGAGUGUUUGCAGAUAUUUCACUACCUGAGUCUGGCUCUCCUCACCUUCUUCAUGGUGGAGCUGGUUGGUAAACUGUACGCGUACCGCCUGGAGUUCUUUCAGCACUUGUUUGAGGUGUUUGAUGGUUUGGUGGUGUUGGUUUCCUUUGUGCUGGACAUCGUCUUCAUCUUUCACGAGGAUGCCUUUGAUGGGAUGGGUCUCCUCAUCCUGCUGCGACUCUGGAGGGUGGCCAGGAUCAUCAACGGUCAGUACUUUAGACUGAAAGCCUCUUGAGGAUGUUAUAAAAAUUAAAAGAACAAUCUGGAAGUCAGUGUUCAGCUGGAGCUCAGCUACAGUCAAAGAUUAACAUCAAUACUUUUGAACUCGAGCCUCAUUUUGCUUGAUUUGGGGUCUUAAAUACUAAAAUAACAUUUAAAGAUUGCUUCAACCAAAAGAAGUGAAACAGACUGCUGUAACUGCAUCACAAAAAAUCAAACCAUAUUUUAGCAAGUCAAUGACAAACCACAUUCUGCAGAGAUUACAACAGCAUGGCUCUGUAUUAGAAGAGUCCUGAUGGUAAACUGACUUGUCACCCAUUGAAAAUAAUCAGAGCAUCAGGCAAUAAAAAUACAACAAAGGAUCCUAUGUAAUGGGUCAGCAUUUCACUUUUAAAUCACUGUGAACAGGUCUCUCUCGUUCUCUCUCUCAACAUAUAACGUCAAUACAAUACAACAUCAUGGUUAACAUGUGCCUGGCCCAUAAGCAGUGUUGUGUUGUUUUUCCACAUGAAGGUCACUUUUUGAAUGCGUUGCAGGUAUCCUGGUAUCUGUAAAGACCCGAGCCCACCAGCACAUCCACAAGCUGAAAGAGAGCUAUGACCACCUGGUCCAGAGAGUCACAGAGCUGCAGGAACGCAACGACAAACUGGUGAUUCUUGACAUGUUAUAUCAGAUAGUAAAGUUCUAAACACUGGUGAAGACAAUAGUACUGGUUUAGCUCUUUGAUUAUUCCAAAAGAGGUGGCAGAGAUUAUUAUUGUGAGGACUGUAAAUAUAUGAUGUCCUCGGGGUUGUUAUAAUUUACACAACAUCAAAUGAAGGAAUUUUGUCCUUUUCCUGUUAAUAUAAUACACAGUGGGUGUUUUUGAGUCUCAUUUAAAUACUUUUAAAAAGUAAAUAUUUAAAUGUGGGGGACAGUUUUCUCUCUUUAUAAAGUUACUUUUGUCCUAGUUUGUUGGACAACCAAUAAUUUUAUUUUUACUAAAACAAUUCUAACUCUGAUUCUAAGACAUAAAUAAAAAUUGCAGACAAGUCCAUAAUGGAGAAAAAACAAACAGUCAAAUCAGAUCAGAUAUACUGUACGUCCACCUGAAACAAAUGAUGAGAGCUUUGAAUCCAGACACAGUAUUUCUUUCAGAUGUCCACUGAAACUAACCUGGUAAAUGUGGAUAAUAACAAACUCAAAGUGUUGUUGACUGCUUUAAGUGAGGCUGACUCUUUCUGUCUUUGUGUCUGCAGGAAAAAGAGAACCAGGCACUCCAAGCUCUGCUAAAGAAACAUGGAGUCGACUUCUGACUCACUGCCACAGCUGCAGUGGAGCUACUGUCCACUCUCAUACAUGUCUUCAGCCUCUAUGUAACACUUUGCAUUCCUAAUAACACUUUGCACGAUGUCCUUUUAUUUCAGGCCAUGUUUGAAUAACUCGUGGUUUUUUCACAUCACCUGUAGAGAAAUCUCAUCCUGUUGAAGGGAACAAAUUAAAUGUGUGCUUGAUGAAGUGACAGAUUUUCAAAAAGAGCUAGCUACUUGUAUAUAUCAGAAGCAUUAUUCCUCAGACUGAUGAAUUGUACAGAAAACAUUUAAAUCUUUACAUCACAUGCUUUGUAAAAAAAAGAGAUAAAACAAUUGAUUUUGUUUAUUAUAAAACAUUUAUUAAAUAAUAUAAAAAAGCA